UGCUGCAGCGCGUGCCGGAGCCCAGGCAGCGGGCUAGGCCAGAGGGCAGCGCGUCAGGAGCCGGGUCGGGGUCAGAAGCCCUGGCCUCUCAUGCCAGCCCUGCUGCUCCAGCUUUGGUACUUGGAACAAGUCACUUCACAUCCUCAGGUCUCACCCCCCUGUGUCAAGUGGUGUUUGCAUGAGCCCAGGUUCGCUUUUUAUGAAGGCUGGGAAUCUUUCUCUGAAAGAGAACCCUGCGGGUGCCGCGUCUCCACCCGGCGCCUCCAUCGCCUCCAACGAGCCAUGUUCCAGGCUGCAGGAGCCGCCCAGGCCACCCCUUCUCAUGAAACCAAAGGCGGCGGAGGAAGCAGUACCGUGCAGCGCUCCAAGUCCUUCAGCCUCCGGGCCCAGGUGAAGGAGACCUGCACUGCCUGCCAGAAGACUGUGUACCCCAUGGAGCGGCUGGUGGCUGACAAGCUCAUUUUCCACAACUCUUGCUUCUGCUGCAAGCACUGUCACACCAAGCUCAGCCUGGGCAGCUAUGCAGCGCUGCAUGGGGAAUUUUACUGCAAACCCCACUUUCAGCAGCUGUUUAAGAGCAAAGGCAACUACGAUGAAGGCUUUGGCCGGAAGCAGCACAAGGAGCUCUGGGCCCACAAGGAGGUGGACUCCGGCACCAAGACAGCCUGAGGCCCCUCUGGCAGUCCCCUCCCUCCUCCCUCCAUAGAGGGCCUGGAGCGGGCAGUUGGAAGGGUGGGAGAUUGGACCUUGGGCUUGGUUGGGGCAGGGUGGGAAGGGGAUGAGGCCAUCUUGCUCAGGCAGGGUUAUGGGGACAGGGCUUUGCUCCAGGAUUUCUUCUUCUCCCUCAGUAGGCCGGGGUUUGGGAACCAGGAUUGGGCUUUGCUCAGCACCCUGCUUCCUGCUUCUUUCAGCCUACCCCACUUCACCCCGUGGCCCCCUUGGGAGGCCCCCAGAUUCAGCUUCCCUAUCUAGGUGCCUUUUCUCCAGCAAGGAGUCAGCAUGCCCUCCUCAGGGUCCUGAGCUCCUCACUGCCACCUGGGGCCCUGGGCAGCCCCCACGUCUCCCCAUCUACCUCUGCCCUUAGCCUGGUCCUGAGCCAUGGAGAAUGGAGGAAGGUGAGCCAGGGUGCGCCCUGCUGGGCCUCUCCAGGUGCCCACCAGGACCCCCCCCCCGGGGAGGGGCGGGAAGGGGAGCAGCCCUGCCCCCCCCCCCAAAAAAAGGUGAGGCAGGGCAUGCCCAUGUGGGCCUGGGACCAUCUUGCACCGCUGAAGAAGCAGAAGCUAAAGCAUCCGCCAGGCUGAGAGCCACAAAGACUGGCGGGGAGCUGGCAGGGCCAUGCUCCCUCUUCUCCUAUUUCUGUUGGUUCUGACUGUUGUGAUCAAACCUGUUUUAAAACAUGUUUCAACAGAUCCUGACUCUGUAUUAUGUGGCCGGAUGGGGGGCUUUGUGACAGGAAGGACACAGACUUGAGGUGACAGGGUCAGCCCAGAGCACGGUGGCUUUGGUGGUGGGGUGUGGCGGUGAUGGGUGUCAGAGGCCUAUCAGGCAGCCUGAGAAAGGGGGUACGCUUCCCAGGCAGGUCUCCAUGCUUUCAGACCCAGUGUUUGCUGACUGAAACUGCUCCUCACCCUUGGGAAGGUCAGGCUGGCAGUGGGUGAUGGGGCCAAGCCUUACUGCGCUUGAGGAUGUGGGGGUGUGAGACAGAAUCUUUUUGCCGAACCCUGCUCUGGACCCCCUGUGCCCUGGGAAUCAGGAAGGUGUGGUGGGAACAAGCAGAUCCAGUAAGUUCUGUCAGAGGUCUCCCAGUCUGUCCUCUUCCUCCUGCUUUUUCAAGCUCCAGGGAAUGGGGCAGCCGUGGUCACCAUCCCAAGUAGACUAAAGAGAGACAGCUCAUCUGCUCCUCUGAGGGAUAAGUUUCCAGCAGAGCAAACAAGCCAAGCUUGGAGGAACUGGGACCCCCAGACCCAACUGUCCUGAUUCCCUCCCAACCACCUGUGGACUAUGUGAGUUGAACAAGAGGGCAGACUCCUGGGGGGGAUCUGCUGCCUCCACCCCAUAUGCGUCCUUAAGUUGCUAAAUGAUCAGGACCUCAAACUCGGGUGGCAGGUGAGUCACAGUACUGUGUGGUGGUAGACACUGCCCCUGGAAGUGGCAGAGCUAACAGCAGAAAUGUCACCCCAGAGUGUGAGGAGAGUUGCUGGAGAGCCCCAUCAGGGCAGGCCCAACUCUGCACCAGAGGCCUCAGCUGGAGACAAGGAUGGUCUCUGCUCUGAGCUAAUCGAUAACAGUGCUAGACCAGGGACAGAGACCAGUGAGGUGACUCCUGGAGGUGCCUGAUCCAGCCCUGCAAGGAUAUACCACAGAGUCCUUUCUUGGGCUAGGAAGGCUAGUCAAUGGCACAAAGGUCCUCAGACCUCAGCCACAGUGACACUUGGGUCAGGUGAGCUGACAGUGUGCCCUCAGUCAGCACUGGCAGAACAACCCUUAGCAGAGCUCCUAGGAGUCGGGGGAAGGGGGGGGUGCCACCUCUGAGCUAGCAGUGGUACCAGCCAAGCCACACCAUCCCAAGAACCCUCUGGGAGUCCCAUCAGGAUGCAAGAUUGUUUCCAGGUACCCUACCCAGCUCCUCCCAGGCAAACACCUACUCCCUCUACCUUUCCACCAAAAGCAUCGCCACAGGACCCCUUGGGUAUAAAUGAUCCCUUUUAUUGUAAGUAAUGCGCGACACUGGCCUGGCUUUGCACUGCAAGCCCUCGGUCAAGAUAUAGUCAAAUAACUAUGGCUGCAGGUUCUUCUGCACGAUCCACAAUUGAGACACAGACACACAGCUGGGGGUGGGCAGGAGGGGCAGGAGGGCAGUGGAGUGUGGACUGUCCCCAGCCCUGGCCUCUCCAUGUUGGGUUGGCCCAGGCUGACAUACCGCACGGAAUGACGAGCAAAUGGUGGCAUGGCCCUUCCCAAGGCCAGCCUGGGGCUGCUAGGAGACUGCCCUUCAGAUUCUUUGGGCCAGGUCGUCCUAGGCCCCACAACUUUUCAUCUGGAUUAAUUUAAAAAAAAUAAAUUAAAAUUAAGCAACAGCUUGGUCCUGAGGAUGCUGAGCCAGCAUGUCCACAGUUUUUGGCACACAAAAGAAAUCAGGGUCUUUUGGUUUUUUGGAGGUGCUGCAGGAUUUGUUGGCUUGUUUGCAAAUUUGUUUUUUAAAACGUUCCCUGUGAGGCAAGACCCUGGGGGGGGGGGGGGGCUUGGUGAGAGCCUGAACCUGCGGCAGAGUCGUUUCAUGUCAGCGCCAAUACCACGCUGUUUGCUGUUGGGGGUCAGGGACUGAGGACGGGUGGUGUGGGCCCAA